AUGUCUGCCCAGCCAAAUACUCCUCUGUCUCCUAAGACAGCCAGGGUCAAGUCGCCGGCCCCUGGGAUGCCCAUCUUUGGUUGCGAACACGUCCAGAUGCUGCUGUCCCAGUCACAGGACACAACGAACCAGUCUGUUCACCACUACAAGAUGAUUCUCCGUAAUAUCUUUGAACAAACUCCCCUGGUUCCACAGACGUCCAAGAACAAUGAUGGUCAGCCUGUAACGUCGCUCACGGCCAACUACCUAUGCUUGCAAUGUUCGAGUAUUGUUUCGGAGGAAGAGCGUCUCAAACACGGAAACAAAAAGCAGCAUCGCUUUUAUGUUGACUCUAGAAGCGGGACACUUUACUGUCAGAUUUGUGAUGACUUGGUCUGGGAUCCCACUUUAGAAGACCUGAGAGUUAGAAAAAUGGGCACUGGCACGUUCUCUACGCUUCUGCCAGAUCGCAAGAGGAAACACGACGAGCUAUUCGCGGAAAGCCUAAAGGACAACCCUCUCUACAUCAGCACAAACACCACAACCGCCUCAUGUAAGGCAAACGGCCUUCGUGGAAUUUAUAAUGCUGGUGCUACAUGCUAUCAGAACGUCGUAUUGCAGAGCUUCCUCCACAACCCGCUGCUUCGAAACUUCUAUCUUAGCGAUGGCCAUCAAAGCACUGAUUGUAGCUUGAGCAAUUGCCUCAGUUGCGCCAUGGACGACAUGUUUCAGGAUUUCUACGCCGUGGAGAACACGAACGGCUUUACCGCUGCCAGUAUUUUGUCCGGCUUUUGGAUAUCUGAGAAGAAAGCGUUCGAAAAUCUCGUGACCACCAAGGAGCAGGAUGCUCACGAAUUCUUCCAGUUUCUUGCAGAAGAGCUUCACGAACGUAAUGGCGACGGCAAGCCACCCGAGAUCGGGAGCGAGCAUAGUUGCAACUGUAUCAUCCAUCAAACUUUCUACGGCAAGCUUCAGAGCACCACGACUUGUCAGAAUUGUGGCGGGGUCACUAAUGCUGUACAAUCCUUUCUCGACCUCAGCUUGGGUCUCGACAACCUUGCGCAGCGAAGAGCUAGGAAGACGGGACAGAAGCAACCAAGUCUUACCCUUCAAGAGUGUCUCGAUGAGGAGUAUGUGAAAUCAGACAAGUGUGAGUAUCGCUGCCACAACUGUGACUCCACACAACAGGCAAGGCGAAACACGAGCAUCAAACGGCUUCCCAAUGUGCUUGCCAUCCAGCUCAAGCGAUUCGAGUUCAAGCAAGGACGCCACGACAGGGCUCCGUCCAAGAUUGACACGACAGUCAAUUUUCCCUUGCAGCUGAACAUGCUCCCCUAUACCAACAGAGCCAAGGGAAGUGAUACGAAGGAAUCCUUUGAGCUGGCGAGGUCAUGCACGUAUGAUCUCCUCAGUGUUGUUGUUCACGUUGGCGAAAUAGAUACGGGUCACUAUGUUUCUUAUUGCCGAGUUGCCGAUCAGUGGUUCAAAUUCAAUGACCACAAGGUUGAGAUGGCCUCAAAGUCUGACGUUCUCAGCGCACAACCAUACUUGCUGUUUUACAUCAUCAGAUCCCUUUCCUGA